AUGACUUGGACCUUCAGUUUGAAUCAUGCAACUGUGACGACGCUGAUGAUGUAUGCAAGCUCGGUCCUGGGCCACUCCACGGGAAACCUCUCGAACUCCUUGCUCUUCGCGGUGAGCCUCGUUGCCUCCCUGGGUCUGGCCCCGGUGAUUGCCAGCACCUUCGGGCCGACGAGAGGUCUUCUAAUCGGCCUCGUCGGUUGCAGUGCCUACGUGCUCUUCUUCGUUCUGGCCGCUUUUCUCUGUACUUGGGAGCGUGGGCAGCCAGGACAUGCAGGAGGCUGUGGCUGUGACAGCAACACGCCGAGGAGCCUUGUUUUCGUCGGCGCGGCCUUGGGCGGGCUGGGGGCUGGCAUCCUUUGGCCCAGCCAAGGGGCCUUCUUCUCUGCAGCGGUGGCUCGCCUCGCCGACGAAGAGGAACCAGGGCAAGUCGGAACCAUGGAGGACUCCGAGGCCUCUACGUGCCGUCUGACCAGCGAGUUGUCGUCUGCCUUUGCCUUCGCUCUGAUGGUGUCAGAGUGCAGCACCAAACUGCUCCUCGCAGUCUGGCUCAGCUAUGUGAGGGUGGAGGUCUGGUCGUCCUGGGUCUUCCUUUCGGCACUGAUCGUCGCAUUGCUGGCCGUGGCCGUCUUCGCCGCCCUCGCCGAGCGCAUGGACGCUUGUCCUGGGACCGCUGCGAGGCCGAUCUGCGAGAGGACGCUGACAGGGCUGCAGCUUUGGGGGGAUCCCAAGCUCUGGCUGUUGUCCAUGACAAACUUCGCCUUCGGUUUCUCCGUUGCUUGGGUCAAUGGCGUGGUGAACACGCGCUGGCACGAGGCAACAGGGGAUCUACAUUUGCUUGGCUACGCUGGUGCUCUCACAACCGGUGUUGCUGGAGUUAUAUCGAAGCUUUCCGUUGGGCCGGCUGCUUGCGGCAAAGGUUAUGUCCUCGCCCUGGGAUCUCUCUGCUUCUUGAUCAUUGGCUUGCUGAGCAAGACUCGCGAGCCAACCGACAGUUUUGGCUGGAGUGCUUGGCUCCUGCUAAUCCAUGUCCUGCAUGGCGUUGGUCGAGGAGUCUAUGAAGGAACCAACAAGGGAAUCUUCGGCGACUUCUUCGGUGAUGACAGGAGCGUCGGUGCCUUCUCCAAUGUGCUUGUCCAAGUCUCUGCGUCCUCGAUUGUUGGGUAUUCAUUGGCAUCAACUAGCUGGAAGGACGUUGUGUACGGCCUUCUGAUGAUCUCUGCUUCUUUGAUGCUGCCAUUAUAUGUGUUGGCCGGUCGGUUGAGAUGCCCGAGGACUGUCUCCUACAAAGACUCGGAGAAGGACUUGGAAAGGGCGCCAAGCGACUAA